UGCGCCAUGCGGGGCCACCGCGCCUCCCGCAGCGGGCGCGGCCCGUCCUCACCCCGCGGGCCGCCGGAGCGGGGCUGGGGCGGAACUCGGGAGGCGGGAAGCGCCUCGCGGCGUUACCUGAUCUUCUGAUUUACUUUUCAAUGUUGGGGAAAAGCCCACUGAAGCAAAUGUCCAGAGAGGUAACGCCUGAAACACAAACCGUGUCUGUUUACGUUCGGAGUGGUAUAGGAGCAGAAUCCACAUGUACCUAUCUAUGUAGGACACCGGAAAAGGAAAUGCUGCCGAUAUUUAUAGGUUUAAUACUUCUUUGUCAGAGAGAUGUUAUGACCAAAUUAGAAAUGGAUAUAUUUUGAAAAAGCGUAUCUGAUUUAUUCUUACUAGUGGUAAUAUCUGCUGUUGUGUAGUGUCGGUAUCUAGUAACGGACCCAUGGGUGGCCAAGUACGUGAAAUGUAAGGUUUGCCUCAUUGGUCAAUGUAACGCUCCAGGUUUAUGUGGAAUAAUGUUCUUCCGUUUUCCUUUUCAGUGCAGUUUUGAUUCUGUUUCUUGUCCCUCAAAUAGGUUUUAAAUAUGUUGUUGAAACAUUUUCCCUUUCAAUCAGAAAAAAAGGAGAUGUCACUGGUAUCUGCAGUUUGAAGACUGGAUCUUAUCUGAAAGUCACUGAGCCCAAGCGCUGCCACCUUAGUCUUCCCGUAGGACAAGGAUGCCUUCGUUUCUCAAUAUGAACGAUGACCAUAGUUAACAAGCCAAAAUCUUCAAAGUCUAAAAAAUCAUCAUCGAGGCGGUCUGGCAAAUCCAAGAAACCCCGUACUAAAAAUAUGAAGUCACGCACUGCAAACUGGGGCCGGAUACCACCUGCAAAAGAUCCAAACCAGGUCUCUGUGAACCAAGGACAUGGAGGUGCUAUUUAUUGUAGAUCAUCCGAAAAAUCUAAACCUUUUGCCCUAAGAGAUCUAGUCAUUAAUGAUGGAAUUGCUCCACCACAAAGGAUUCUUUUUCCACCUGAGAAGAUUUGUAUGGAUUGGCAACAAACACAAAACGUUGGAGUUGGACUCUUCAAUCUUGGCAAUACAUGUUUUAUUAAUUCUGCUCUACAGUGUUUGACUUACACACCCCCACUCGCCAACUACAUGCUUUCCCUUGAGCACACCCAGUCAUGUAACUAUCAAGGCUUCUGCAUGAUGUGCACGAUGGAAACUCACAUUAACCGAGUCCUGUGUUGCGCUCAUGAUGCCAUCAAACCUGCAUUUGUUGUCCAUGAACUUAAACGAAUAGGAAAACAUUUCCGCUUUGGCGCUCAGGAAGAUGCGCACGAGUUCUUACGCUUCACUGUUGAUGCUAUGCAGCAAGCGUGUUUGCAUGGAUGUACCAUAUUGGACAGAUCUUCUCAAGCUACCACCAUCAUUCAUCAAAUAUUUGGAGGAUUUCUAAGAUCCAGAGUAAAGUGCUUGAACUGCAAAGCAGUUUCGGAUACAUAUGAGGCAUUCCUUGAUAUACCUCUGGAUAUAAAGGCAGUUUCAUCUGUUACCAAAGCUCUAGAACAGUUUGUGAAACCUGAGCAGCUGGACGGUGAAAAUUGCUAUAAAUGUAGCAAAUGUAAGAAGAUGGUGCCAGCAUCAAAGAGGUUUACAAUACAUCGCUCUUCCAAUGUUCUCACGAUAUCACUGAAAAGAUUUGCAAAUUUCACAGGUGGAAAGAUCAACAAGGAAGUAAAAUAUCCUGAGUAUUUGGAUCUUCGAGCUUAUAUGUCUCAAUCAAUUGGAGAACCACUCCUUUAUGCCUUAUAUGCAGUUUUGGUACAUAGUGGUGUCAAUUCUCAUGCAGGACACUAUUUCUGCUUCAUAAAGGCUGCUGAUGGACUUUGGUAUCAAAUGAAUGAUGCUACAGUAGUGCAAAGUAACAUCAAAACAGUUCUCGGUCAGCAAGCUUAUUUACUAUUUUAUAUCAGGCGCUAUGAUUUGACACUCGGAGAACGUGCUUUUUACUUACCAGCACCGUCUUAUCCCCGUUCAUUCCUUGGUCAGAGGGGGACUAAUAGUAAGCAGGCUGGCUUUAUGGGACCACGACUUCCUCCUCAUAUGAUUAAGAAUUCGAGUCGUUUAAAUGGAAAUGGAUCUUUGAAAGAGGAUCCCAAUACCAUUGGCGUCACCUUAAAGAGGCCAUCUUCAGCUCCACCAACAGCUUGUGUUCAAAACUGGGCAAUUACCAGGCCUUCAAUUACUGACCCAUCAAAAAAACAGAAGAUCACUAUCAGUAUUCAUAACAAAUUGCCUGCACGUCAGACCGUGUCGCAGCCUGACUGUCUUAGUGCUCUGGAGGAUGAGGAGCUAAACAAGUCUGUUCCUUCAUCCACAAUUACAAAUUCUUCUGCAGCAGAGUCUACCUCAAAUGCAUCUACAAUGUUAGUUGCUACUAAUGUUUCCAAGCAAGAAGUUCCGGAUGAAAUUUUUGUUGAGCCAGUAGUGAAUGGAAAUCCUAAACUCAGCUCUGAUAACAUAGUCUCUUAUGGUACAGAACCUUCAGGAAAAUCUGAGGAGGAGUCGUCAAAGGGCUUAUUUAAAAGGAAUUGCAACGUAAUAUCUCCUAAUGGAAUUUUGAUUGGAAAGGUAGUCCGUACAUUGCAGAAUUCCCAUCCUUCCUGUCAGAAUGCUGAAGAGGAAAGAUCCCAGCAUGAGCUGCCAAAAAAUGAUUCAUUAAAUGGUGCUAUUAGUUUAGAUAAUGAAUCUAAAGAAAAUGGACUGAAACUUGAUGAUUCCAGUUGCCAAGUCCAACCUGUUAAACCUUCUGAAAUGUUAUUUUCUAAAACCAAUGGAGUGCUUGAAACAAUGCCUAUAGCUUUGUCUCCAGUCCCUCAAGAAAUAAUCCUAGAUUCCUUUGCGUACGGCCAGUUGAACAGCUUGUCAGAGGAAAUAAGCGUCCCUGGACCUCAGAAACCUUCUGAGAAUGAUUCUCUUAUGGAAACAGUAGUGAUGGAAGCGCUGUUGGUCUAUGAAGAAUCCAGGAAACUUCCUUCUGACAUGAGCUGUGAGACUGGGAAUCUUUUUAUUCAGUCAGAUUCUGAAACCGUUUCUACCAAAGAAGAAGUUGCUGAAAGUAUUAUAACAAAAGCUGAUAAUGCACAACCCAAUAUCAAUGGUCAGCACAAGGUUAGGAAAAGAUCCUUGGACACUGAAGAUGAAUUCCUUGAAAAUUUUGAGUCUGAAGACAGUGGUGAGAAAGACAAACCAAGAAGAUCAAAAGAACCUGAUCUCAUUUCAAAAGAAAAUCCUUUGUAUAUCAAAGGGUCUCUCGAGACUGAAGAGGAAUUAGGGCAGACUUCCUCUAUAAAGUCUGAUGUUGAAUGUAGUUCUAAAAAACCCGCAUCUCUGGAUACUGCAGAUAAAUGCCAAGAUACAAAGGACAUAUCUAAUAACUAUGUAGAAGUCCCACCUGUUAAUGACUCUUCUAUUACGAAGCUGGAUAAAGUUUUGGAGAGUCAAUUUUCUAGAGAAAAUGAGGGACCGACUAGUAGGAAUUUUGAAGAAAAUAAACAUAGGAAAAAAGAUAAAAAUAUAUAUGAUUCUAAAAAAACUGACAAAGAGCACUACCGGAGAAAAAGAGAACGCUCUGAUACAGAAGAGAGGGAGAAGCAAAACAGCAAACCAGAUGGUCAUUCCCACAAGAGGAGGUGCUCUCGUAGUGUGGAAACAAACAAGCAAAGUCGUCAUAAGCAGGAGUAUUGCAAUGGAAACAAGUACAGAUCUUCCUAUACUGAAAGAAACAGCCCUGAUGUCAGCAGAAACUCAGGGAAAUAUUCUCAUUACAGAUCUCGAAGCAGAGGACGAGAACAAGGUAGGAAUAGAUAUUACCAUUCCAAAGGAGAGAGAACUUGGAGCAGAGAAAGAUACUAUCAAGAUGAACCAUGGAGAUGGCAAAAAUGCAGACACUACAAUGAUUACUAUUACUCUCACGCUAAAAGAGAUAGUCGAGAAAGAAAGUUCUCCCAUUACAAUAAAGAUUUUGACAAAUCAAGUCAAGCUUACAGCAGGUCACAUAAGGAUUAUCAUUACAAAAGCAGACGGCCUCACAACUCACUCUCUAGAGAGGAGGAUGUACGUCACUUUAGCAGCCACAGAGCAGACUCACGGCAUUGUUCAGUACCUCAGCAGCAAUCUGAAAAAUAUUCUCAUGAAAGACAUGUACUUCCACCUGUGUUAUCUCAUCUAAAUUUUGAGGACUCUUCCCCCAAAAAUGAAAAACAAAGCAACAGAAAAAGAAAAUAUGCAGAAAGUAGUGAAAGUGAAACAGAAAAGAAAAGCAGAAAUGUAGAAAAAGACGUUUUGGAUGAUGAAAAGAUGAAAAAAUACAAGAAGAUCAAGAAGAAAAAGAAGUCCAAAGAUAAACAUCGAGAGAAGGAUUACAAACUUUAUGAUUCGGAUUUCUCUGUGCUCCACUUUGACAAUGACAAUCGCAAACGUAAGAAAAAAAAGAAAAAGAAGAAACACAUCAGGAAAUUGAAAGGCUUCUUGGAAUACUUAGAUCCCCGUUUCCAGAAGAAAACAUGGGAGAAGGAAGGAUCUUGCUCUCCAGCUGACUGUUUAUGUGAGCAAUACAGAAAUGAGGGCAGUAAACAACCCGACAGGGAAGGGAAGCCUUCCUGUGCAAGUGAAAGCAAGAACUACAGCUCCAUUGCAUCCAAUGAGUAUAUUAAAGAUGCGAAUUACUGAUUGAAGCCUUCAAUACUCAAACUAAACCAACCAUCAAAACCACCACCUUCCACCAUCAAAACCGACUGCUUUAGCCAUCGCAACGCUCGCCAUCAGUGACUUUAACCAUCAAUCAAAACCAACACCUUUAGCCAUCGACUCCAACAACUCAACAUUAUCAAAACAAUGCUAACCAUCAAAACUUAAAAUUUAUCAAAACGGUAAAAUUACCAUCGAAACAAAACCCAAUCAUAAGUGGUGCUUCAGAUUUCUGUGAAGAAUUUUACCAUGAAAGAACUUUUUUUUAGUUUUUAACUUGAGACUUUCUUUUUUAAAAUGUACUUCUAAUCCAAAAGAGUGGAAACUUUCUACAACUGCUGAACAUUGUAAAUUACCAUGUGAAUAUCUCACUGAAACUAAUGCCCUGGAAUAGAACAUCUCAAAUGCUGCUUAAUUACAGACUCAGGUUGAUUGUGUGUUAUUCAUGUAAUGUUACUCCAAGUUAGACAUCUGGUGCAAGAGCGACCAGGAAAACCACGGAAUUAUAAAGUCUGCAACUGACAGUCUGUAUAUUUAAUUUAAAGACUUAUUUAAGAUUUCACAAGCUCUCCAAUAACUAUAGAGUUCUGCAAGAGCUUCAUCUUUUUUCUGUGAUGUCUGACACUAGAAACUAAUUUACUUCACAUCUUAAUUAUGCUCAAGAUCGGAAGAAAAUGUUCUGGUUUUCAAUGAGUGGAACGUAAUGAUCAGAAUAUGCAGUUCUGAAUGUAUCUCUCAGACUAUUUGUAUACUCUCCCAUAUGUUUUUAUUACAUUUUUUUUUAUAGCGUCACUUGUCUCAAGUCUCAGUUGUUUGUUUCGUCUCUAAAGUUUCUAGUUACAGACAAAUUCAUACUGUGAUUUUAUUUUUUAUUAUUAAAUGCUAUCAAACUGUGAUGCACUUAUUAUUCACUGGUCCUGCAUCAGGAGAUGAGUGGGGAACCUGUAUUAAAUACAGUUCAUCUGAAUAAUCUGUCUGGUUUAUACAAGCUGUGUUGUUCAGAGAUGUCUAAAGUUUGAUCUUUGUUUUUUUAAAGAUAAAAAGCACUUGCCCCACUGUAAAUAUAUAGCAUGUAAAAUUUAUAUAGUAUAUAAAUACAGCAAAGUUAAAGUGGAUUUUUACUUGAGUUAUUUAACAUGCAAUAUGUCAUGUGAAUUGACAGCUUACCGAGUGUGUUUGAUAAUCAAGAAAUCAGAUCUUCCUUUCAGUGGUAGUGAGAAGAUGCUGUCGGUGUGACCCAGAGAAGAUAAGUAAUGGGGACGUCAGCUGCCUAGACAAGAAUGCAGAAGUCUUUCUUCUUUGAAGUUAGAAGCUUCCAAAAACAGGCAACAGGUCGAGAGCUCAGCAGUAGCUUCCCGCUCUGUGCGGCGCUAUAAGAGGAGCGAGGUUACGUUUUACUAAAUACUUUAAGUAAGAUUUUGGUACGUGGAGAACACCAUAAAGCCAAACCAUAAGUGUACCCUGCAUAAUGUUCCUAUGGCAACAGUUAUGUGAAGUUACAUAAAGUAACGUGACAAAGAAAACA